UCUAAAGUGAACAAUUUAAGAGUUUAUUCAUAAAAAUAUAAUAAAAAUAAUAAUGGAUCGUUGGCAAAAUAAAGUAGCUGUGGUAACCGGUGCCAGUUCGGGUAUUGGUGCUGCGGUAGUCAAAGACUUACUUAAUGCUGGAUUAAUUGUCGUUGGAUUGGCACGUCGUGUACAACUCGUUGAAGAGCUUAAAGAACAAGUCACCAAGGAGAACCAACAAAAACUACAUGCACGUCAAUGUGAUGUUUCCAAUGAGGAUUCGGUUAAUGAAGCAUUUGAUUGGAUUGAAAAGAAUCUUGGUGGAAUAGAUAUACUGGUCAACAAUGCUGGCGCUUACAAACAAGGCAAUUUAACUGAAAUUGAUACAAAUAUAGUGCAAGAUAUACUACAGACCAAUGUCAUGGGUGUGGUAUAUUGUACCAAACGUGCAUUUAAAUCAAUGAAAGAACGUAAUUUCAAUGGACAUGUUUUAAUAAUAAACAGUAUUCUGGGUCAUAAGGUUGCAAGUGGUGCUUUUUCAAAAGGACCAUCAAGUAAUAUGUAUCCACCGUCAAAAUAUGCUCUGACUGCAAUGACAGAAAUUUAUCGACAAGAAUUUAACAACUUGGAAACAAAAGUGAAGAUUACUAGUAUUAGUCCUGGACUAGUAUCGACGGAUAUAGUUCCUAAACAGCUUAAGGAAAUGAUGUUUGAUCGUAUUUUACAGGCGGAGGAUAUUUCUAAUGCAGUUUUAUUCGCAAUCUCUACACCUCCGCAUGUGCAGAUUCAUGAGUUAACAAUCAAACCUCUAGGAGAAAUCAUUUAAGUUUAAAAAAUAAAUUUAAAGUAAUAUUUACUAAAUUAUUUGUUCUUAAUAUGAGAACAAAUGGUUAUUAU